AUGGCGACUCUUAGCAUUGAUGCGCACUGUCCCGCCAACGCGGCCGAGCUCGUUGCCCGAGCCGGAGUGGCCAAGGGUAAUAUGCGCCUUGACAGGGUGUUCUUCAGUUCCUUUUCGGCUGGAUGCCUGCUCGCUUUUGCCUGCGGGACGGCAUUGACCACCAACACAUCAUCUUGGUUCCAAGAGAAUGCUCCCGGGUUGAUUCGCAUGAUCUCUGCCCUGGUUUUCCCCUAUGGUCUCUGCGUGAUCAUCUUAACGGGGGCGGAUCUGUGCACGGGUUCUUUCAUGUUCACUACGCUUGCCGCACUGCAGCGUCAGCUCCCUUGGUGGAAGAUGCUACUCCACUGGUUCGUGACCUUCUGGGGUAACCUAGCCGGCUCUCUAUUCGUUGUCGCAAUUAUCUUCGGCUAUGGCAAUACCUUCGCCGCCGACCCUUACAAAUCCCAGGUCAUCGCCUUCGCCACCAAGAAACAAGUCACCCCGGACUUCCACCACAUCUUCCUCCGCGGCGUCGGCUGCAACUGGCUGGUCUGCCUGGCCUGCUUCCUGGGCAGCCAGGGCCGCGAUCUCGCCUCCAAGGUGGUGGGGAUCUGGUUUCCGACCUUCGCCUUUGUGUCGCUGGGUUUCGACCACGUAGUCGCCAACAUGACCUUUAUCCCCAUGGCGAUCUGGCUGGGCGCGCCCAAAAUCACCGUGGGGUUGUAUAUCUGGAAAGGGAUCAUUCCCACGCUGCUGGGGAAUAUCAUCGGAGGAGGAUUGUUUGUUGGUAGGCUCUUCUGGUCCAUCGUUGAGGGGAUGUGGCUGACAUCAACAGCGACGUACUAUUGGUACAUGUAUCUGCAAAAUGGAGAGGCCGUUACCUUGACUGGAAUGAGCAGGUCGGGGACGGUGACUCCUGCUUCGGAGGAUGUGGAAGCCAUGGCAGCUGAUAAAAGGUGUAGCUAA